AUGUUUGAGGCAGUGGUGAGCAUUGCAGCCCUGCUGUGCUUGGUUCUUGUGGUGCUUGGCUGUUUGGAUUGCUUGUUUAAGAAAAAACAAUUUGAGGCAUUUGAAAUUCGAGAUGGUUCACAUGCCCAGCAUAAUGCAGCGUUCUCCGUGGAUAUUUUUGAUGCUGAUAACAUUUCAGACCAGGUUAUUAUUGAACCCUUGCCAGACAUUUUGUCCAAAGUUGCAGUUGCACCCAUCCUGCGUCCUCGAAUGACAUGUACCGAAAGGGGGAAACAAGAGGCCACAUUAUCUCUUUUGAGUGUCCAGCGAUCAUUUCCAAGGAAUCGUGUGACAUAUCUGAAAGAGAUAGGUUCAGGAUGGUUUGGAAAGGCCAUUGAAUCGGAAGCUGUUCACAUAGUGACUGAGAGUGAUGCCAGUCAUGUUGUGGUCAAGAUGCUCAAAGAUGAUGCUUCUAAGUUGGAGCAGAAGCAGUUUAUGGAGGAAGUCAAUGCAUUUAGAUGUCUGGAGCAUGCCAAUUUAUUGAGCUUCUUUGGCCAGUGCACAGAGACGACACCUUUUCUCGUCAUCCUCGAGUUUGCUGCUCAUGGUAAUCUGAAGAGUUACUUAAUGAAACACAGACAUGAUGUUGAUUCACUUAUAGCCUCAAACAGACUUGUUAGUUUUGCCUUGGGUGCAGCAUCAGGAUUGGCUUGUCUGCACAGACAUGAUUACAUACAUAAUGAUCUGGCCGCCCGGAACUGUCUGGUCAUGUCCGAUUAUACUUUAAAAAUUGGAGACUAUGGUAUCUCAGACAGUCUGUUUAAGGAUGAGUAUUUCAACACUGGCAGUGAGUUGCUACCUGUGAGGUGGAUGGCACCAGAGACCCUUGUCCAGAUGGAUGGUGUUUGGACCUCUCAGAAGAGUAACAAAAUGUCAGAUAUGUGGUCUUUUGGCAUCUUACUAUGGGAGAUAUGUUCUCUGGGCGAACAUCCCUAUGACUGUCUAACAGAUGAAGGAGUGUUACAGAAUGUUGUGCAGGACAGGCUCAUCUUACCAGCAGACGUAAACUUGAACCCCAAACUGCCCUUCAAGGUCAAAAUGUGGUCAGUUAUGAUACAGUGCUGGGAGGAGCCAUCAGAGAGACUACAAGUGGAGCAAGCUCAUCGUAUUCUUGAGCAGCUGAAAAUUAAUUCCGAUGUCAUUUCAGGCACGUCUGACUUUGAUCAGAAAUGGAAUCAUCUGCAGCCAAACCAAGAAAAAAAGGCAAACAUCAGUGUAGAACAUACAUCAGCCCUGGCCAACACCACUGUUGUAGAUUUUCAUUUAGAGAAGCCAUCUUUCUUUUCUAGUGAGAUAGGUAUGCCAGAUGGGGUCAAGAGAGAUGAUGUUAUUUUGGAAAUUGAUAGUUAUCUCACUCCAGUUUCUUCUUCCAGAGACCUUGCUGUUCCAAAGUCUUCAGUGCAGCAUGUUCUCACUUCUGCAGACCACACUUUAAGCAGAAUUGAGCAGAAUGGUUCUUUUAGUGCUUCUCCAUGCCAGGUCAUACAAGAGAAUGAAGUGAAACGAAUGUCUACCCCUCUAAAUCAUGAUAGACCUGAUGUGUCACUAGAGCAGCAGAUGAUAGAUGGUCUAUUGGUGGCGUCCAAGGGAUCAGUUUCUGCAUCUCAGUUUUACUCACCUCACUCAUCUCCAAGCAGUGAAUACAUAACAGUGGAUGAAAUGCGUGGCCAUUCUGGCAUCCAGGAUGACACACUUAAAGAACUCAGCAUCGCUGAUGGAGAUUUAUCCCUUGAUUCUGAAGGAUUGUCUAUCCACGAGUCAAUUGAUGAUACACUGAAAGACUCAUUCAGUCCAGGGGAAAACAGCAUUGGAAAUAAUAAUAAUAUAUUGUUCAUUUUACCAUUUCAUGAAAGGGAAGAUGAUUUCAGUGAUUUUGUCCAAACAUCACCUGAACAUCAUGAUAUCAGUUGUACAGAUUUUGAACCUUAUGUUCCUACUGCUGUUGAUUCACUUGUUCAGACAAAUGGUGUUCAUGAAGAUGAACUGUGCAAUAAUAAUGCUUUCAUACUGGAAAAUAAUAUGACAUCUUCUGAUGGUUUCUGUUGUACAGAUGAUGUAUUUUCUGAGCUUGUUCCUUAUGUUGAUAGUAUUACACAUGUGAAUAGUGACAGAAAUGAAUUUAGUGAUCUUCAUAUUUCCACUUCCCCCUUUGAUGUUGAUGGUGUGAAUUCUAUAUCAGGGUGCUCUAAUCUGUUUGAUCGUGUCAAUUCGUAUGAUGCCAUAAAAGCUAGUAUAGAAGAAUCCAGUAAGCUCAGUAAUCUUCAAGUGUACCCAGAAGUAAAACCUUUAUCUGACAGUAACCAGGAUGUAUUUAUCAGUGCUCAGGAUCAUAACUUCACGUCUUCAGCGCUUUUGGUUCCAGGUCUGGAGAUUGAUGAAAGUGGAUCAAGCUUGGACAUGGCGGAUGCAUCCAGAGAGAUGCUUUCUGCAGAAGCAGUUAUAUCUAAUCAAUAUGAUGACCAGUCUGCGAUUGACAAUCAGAUGGAAUCUAUAUCUCUGCCCAGCAAUGUGUCUGAUUCCACUUGUCAUGUCAGCAGUGAUAAUACAGACGCUGUUCACAGUGUUUCACUCCUGCAGUCAGAGUCUUUUGCAGAUUCACAUGAACAUCUUGAAAGUGUGAAUAGAGAGAAGCUUCCUCAUUCUUUUGGCAUUAUAGAUGACCACAACGAAUGUAACAGCAGUUUUAACUUGGUGAAAACGGAAAAUGGGCAUGCAGAUAGUCCAUCUGAACAAUUACGUGAGAGAAUCCUCUCUGAUUAUUCGGAUGUUCAUGGAAUAUCUUCCUUAAAGGAUAGUGACAAAUUGAUAGUACAGGAAGAGGUAAGUACCAGUAGACAUAUUGAGACAGAGAGUGUAGAUUCUAGCAUCCAUAGUUCCAGCAUGACAGAAGGUCCUACUAAUUAUACCACUAACAACACUGAAGUUGGUUUAAGUGAUUCUAGUGAUUACAUUCAAGAGACAGCUCUCAGUGAAACAUGCAAAGAAGGUGAUGAUGAUGAAGAGCUAGAUGAAGGGCCUUCAGCAUUUCAAUCAAAUCUGUAUCGAUGCAGUCGAAUCAGUCUUACUGAAGACCCUGAAGAUGCUGCAGAUGAAUCAUCAAAUUUCAAAAGUGUUGAUAUUCAUAAUGAUCACUGCAGGGAAGAUUCACAGAGUCCGGUUGACUCUGAAUCAGAAGAUGCUUUCAACAGCAACUUUGAAAAUGAGCAAGAAUAUAUUUCAGAUGAGGCCAUUUCAGGGCCGCCUCAGACAUCAUCUCCAGAUAAUACAGCAAUUGAUCCAGAUUCAGAUACUACUGUUAGUCCAGAACCUUCUUCCCCUGUUGAUUUUGAUGAACAGGCUUUGCAAAUUGCCAGUGAGAUAUAUUUGUCCAGAGGAUUGAAGUCACCAAGGGUGUUUGAAAUCCUUCCACUGGAAACCAUCCCUGAGCAUCCGCCCAUGCCAGAUUUCCACGAGGAGUCAAAUUAUACACCAUCAGAAACCAGCUCUUUGGAUGUUCGAUAUGAGGAGAUGUUUGGUGGGGAUAGUUUUGAAUGGGAUGACUUCUAUGGAGACUCAUUAAUUGGAAAAGACUUGAGUCUUCAACAUUCAUCGCAUCAGCAGAAUUCUGUCAGAGAAUAUGAUGUUUCUGACUGGUCCAUGGAUAUUGACUCUGAAAGCAUUGCAAGUGGCGCAAGUCCCCCAUCGCAGUCAGAAGAAACAACAUUCAGUCAGCCAAUGCAUCUUCCAUCACAGUCAAGCAUUUCUGUGUACUCAGACAUUAGCACACAAUUUUCUUUAAGCUCAGUAUUAUCACCGCUUUCCAAAAGUACUGAUUCAUCAAGAGAAACUUUGGUUUCCAGUUUGCUAUCGCAGCUACAAUCCCCAAUCAUAAUGCCAGUAUCCAGUGCAAAUCAAAAAAACUUUUACUCCCUCAUGGGGAAGUAUAGUCUCGAGACAGAUUCUUCUUUGGAUGGAUUGGCAAGUCCACCAAUGGUCAUGACUUCAGCUGUUAGAUCUUCCUCUGUUACACAUGCAACACCUUUGUCACCACCAGCCUCUCCUCCGUUCUCACCUUUACUUCCAUCUGGCCAAGAGAGAUCAGUGCAGCAGAUUGCAUCAACCUCACCGGUGUCAUCUGAGCAGAGCAUGCGCUCCAGCAA